GUGCUUGGGGUUUCCGGGCCGGAGCUGGGCUGCCGGGCCCCACGUCGGGGCUCCUUUGAACGGCUGACUUGGGUGUCCGGCCCACACCCCGCGCUCCAGGGAAGCUCCCCGCGGCGAGCACCAUGACGUCCCUGGCGCAGCAGCUGCGGCGCCUGGCGCUGCCCCAGACCGACCCCAGCCUCCUGUCCCGGCGCGAGGCCGCCUCCCUGCUCUUCGACCCCAAGGAAGCGGCCGCCAUCGACCGGGACACCGCCUUCGCCCUCGGCUGCACGGGCUUGGAGGAGCUGCUGGGGAUCGACCCUGCCUUCGAGCAGUUUGAAGCGCCUCUGUUCAGCCAGCUGGCAAAAACCCUGGAGCGCAGCGUCCAGACCAAAGCCGUGAACAAGCAGCUGGAUGAAAACAUUUCCUUAUUUCUCAUCCACCUGUCCCCCUACUUCCUGCUGAAGCCAGCGCAGAAGUGUCUGGAAUGGCUGAUUCACAGGUUCCAUAUUCACCUUUACAAUCAAGAUAGUCUCAUUGCCUGCGUUCUGCCGUACCACGAGACAAAAAUAUUUGUACGGGUGAUACAGCUCCUAAAAAUUGAUAACCCAAAGCACAAAUGGUUCUGGUUGUUUCCAGUUAAGCAAUCCGGAGUGCCCCUGGCUCGAGGAACAUUGGUCACCCAUUGCUACAAAGACCUUGGCUUCAUGGAUUUGAUUUGUAGUCUGGUGACCAAGUCCGUGAAGGCUUUCUCCGAGCGCCCCGGAAGCUCUGCGCGGCUGCGCGUGCUCCUGUCUUUCUACGCCUCCACCAUCGUGGCCGCCCUGUUGGCCGCUGAGGACGUGUCGGACAACAUAGUCGCCAAGCUGUUCCCCUAUGUGCAGAAGGGGUUGAAGUCAUCUUUGCCAGAUUACAGAGCUGCCACGUAUAUGAUCAUCUGUCAGAUUUCUGUGAAAGUGAUCAUGGAAGACACCUUUGUAAACUCACUGGCUUCGCAGAUCAUCAGAACACUAACCAGCGUUCCCUCCUUGGUCAGAGAUGGGUUAGGUUGCUUGAUCAUCCUCCUGCAGAGACAGAAGCCCGAAACCCUUGGGAAAAAGCCUUUCCCUCCCUUGUGCCGUGUUCCCAACCUCGUCACCAUGCUUCAGGACAUGUCCGAAACAUACGACGUCAGUCCUCUCCUGCGCUACAUGCUCCCCCAUCUGGUCCUCUCCGCCGUCCACCACAUUACAGGAGAAGAAACUGAAGAGACAGAUGGUCAGAUGUACCAGAGGCUCUUAGAAGACAUACUUACCAAACUACCCCUGAGGAACAGCUUAGACCGUUUGCUGGCUAAUCUUCUUUUUGAAGAGUAUAUUUCAUAUUGUUCACAGGAAGAAAUUGAUCCUCAAAAAGUAUCUUUGCUAAAUGAGCAGUUUCUUCCACUUAUCAGACUCUUAGAGAGCAAGUACCCGCAAACAUUAGAUGCUGUACUAGAGGACCACCUAAAAGAAAUUACAGGUCUGAAGAAGCAGGAGCUUUUUCACCAAUUUAUUUCUCUUUCUACAAGUGGAGGGAAGUAUCAGAUUUUGGCAGAUUCUGAUACAUCGUUGAUGCUUAGCCUCUGUCAUCCACUUGCUCCCGUGAGACUCCUAGCUGUUAAUCAUCUGAAAAAUAUCAUAAAAACUUCAAAGGAGGGCGUGGACGAAUCUUUCGUUAAAGACGCGAUCCUGGCCCGCCUUGAUGAUGACAGUGUGGAUGUUGUGUUGUCCGCCGUGGAUGCUUUCCAGAUUUUUCAACAACACUUCAGUGCAGAAGAGACUGUGUCACAUCUUCUGAGUGUCUUUCAAAGAGCAGAGCUCUCGAAGAGCAGCCAAUGGUACAGGGUACUUGAGAUAGCGGCAGACAUGUUGGUUAAAGAAGAGAUCCUGAGCGGAAACCAGGAGCUGGCGAACCAAGUGGUUGUGCGCUUGCUGCCAUUCAUGCUCAUUACUGAUGAGGACUGGGAGUCUGCGGAGACCAAAAUUGCUAUACAUUUGUCCAAAUCGGGAAUUUGCUCUCUGCACCCCAUCUUAAAAGGGUGGAAGGAAGCGCUUGAGAAUGUGAUGAAAGUCACAAAACCAGGAAAACGAAUUGGGAUAGCAAACCAGAAGCUGAUGUGGUUGUUGGCCUGCAAUAUAAACUCUGGCGACCGCGCACUGAUGUUGAGGAUGGUGGAGGAAUUAAUCAGUGCUGCUGAAAAGGAAUCGGUUAGUGUGAAGCAGAAAGUGGCCUUCCACGUGACUGUGUUUGUGCUCGUCUCUUGCUGCUCAUUUGCCAAAGAAACUCACUUUCCAUUUGCAAUGAGAGCCUUCGGCUUGUUGCAGAAGAAGAUAAAGAAGUUGGAGAGCGUCAUUACUGCUGUGGAAAUCCCCCCCGAGUGGCACCUGGAGCUGAUGUUGGACCGAGGCUUGCCGGAGGAGCUGUGGACCCAUUACGUGGAGCAGCUGGCCAGCACCCGCAGCAUCGCUGUGGAGGACUCGGUGUUGCUGGUCUUUUCCCUGAAAGUUUUCAUUUUUGCCGUGAAGGCUCCUAAGUCUUUUUCUAAAGAGGCCCGGUGGUGGAACCCCGAGCGGCUGGACGAGGCCGGGAGGCACUACCUGCACCUGCUCCUGGGGCUUUUUGAGCUGGUCCUCCGGGGCGCCGAGGCCCUUCAUUUCAGAGUGCUGAUGAAGCUUUUCCUGCAGGUGCACCUGGGAGACGCCCUGCAGCUGUUCAGGUUCUUGUCCCUCCUGUGGACCUAUCCCUCCAGCCUCGCCGACCCCCUGCGCUGCCCCGUGAAGCCCGCACUGCGCACGCAGGCCCUCUAUGUGGGCUCCGCCUUGCUCGCCGCUCAGACCACACAGUGCAGGCAGCAGCUGGCCUCCGCCUCGUCACCAGUGGUGGUGUCUCUGCUUGUAAACCUGGGCAGCCCCAUAAAAGAAGUGAGGCGCGCGGCCCUUCAGUGUCUCCAGGCCCUCAGCGGACUAGCAGGGCCGUUUCAGCUGCUCAUCGAUCACCUGGUUCCCAAAGCAGAGGAGAUCACCUCUGAUCCCGCCUAUGUGGUUCAGGAUCUGGCUACUUUAUUUGAUGAACUACAGAGAGAAAAGAAACAGAAAUCUCAUCAAAAGCUGUCGGAAACUCUGAAGACCCUGCUUUACUGUGUAUAUGAAUGCCCAUCGUAUGUUGCAAAAGAUUUGCUGCAAGUCCUUCAGGACGUCAACAGUGAGAUGGCGCUUUCCCAGUUGCUGCCUUUGGUGGACCGCUUGCUGGAGAAGGUUGAGAAGGACCCCAUGGCUGUCCUGAAGGACGAGGCCACCGCUCUGCAUCUGGCGCUGGGGAAAUACAAUGAGCACUCCGUGUCGCUGUUACACAAGGACCCCAAGAGCUUGGAUACGUUUGUAAAAGCUGUGCACACAACAAAGGAGCUCCACCCAGGAGUGCCAACCGUUCAGAUCACAGCCCUCCAGAAGAUUACAAAGCCUUUCUUCUCAGCUGUAUCAGAUGGAAAGGUCCAGCAAAAACUGCUGUGCGUGUUGUUUGACCUCCUGGUGAACUGUAACAACACCUACUGUGCUCAGACUGUGAGCAGUGUCUUUAAAGGGAUUUCCGUUAACUCUGAACAAAUCAGAAUAGAGCUGGAGCCACCAGAUAAAGCCAAAUCCUUGGGCACCGUCCAGCAAACAAGACGGCAGAAGAUGCAGCAGAAAAAAUCACAGGAUGUAGACUCCGUUCAGGAAGUUGGAGCUUCAUACUGGCAGAGAGUAACGCUCAUCCUCGAGCUACUGCAGCACAAGAAGAAGCUCAAAAGCCCCCAGACACUCAUACCAAGUCUUUUCAACUUGCUGUCAAGGUGCUUGGAGCCCAUGUCACCGGAGCAGGGGAACAUGGAGUACACCAAGCAGCUAAUUCUUAGCUGUCUGCUCAACAUCUGCCAGAAGCUGUCCCCCGACGGGGGCAGGAUCCCUAAAGAUAUCGUGGACCCGGAGAAGUUCAACGUUGAGUUGAUAGUCCAGUGCAUCCGCCUCUCCGAGAUGCCGCAGACGCACCACCAAGCCCUUUUACUCUUGGGCACUGCUGCCGGAAUAUUCCCAGAUAAAGUUCUACACAACAUCAUGUCUAUUUUUACUUUCAUGGGAGCCAAUGUUAUGCGCUUAGAUGAUUCUUACAGCUUUCAAGUGAUUAGCAAGACGGUGAAGAUGGUCAUUCCAGCGCUUAUUCAGUCUGACCACGGAGACUCCAAGGAAGUCACGAGGAACGUGGAAGGGAUCGCGGUGAAGAUCAUCAGCGUGUUCGUGGACGCGCUGCCGCACGUUCCCGAGCACCGGCGCCUGCCCAUCCUGGUCCAGCUGGUGGACACGCUCGGGGCGGACAAGUUCCUCUGGGUGCUGCUCGCCUUGCUCUUCGAGCAGUACGUCACGAAGACGGUGCUGGCGGCCGCCUGCGGGGAAAAGGAUGCUGUUUUGGAGGCAGACACUGAGUUCUGGAUUUCAGUGUGCUGUGAAUUCGGUGUCCCGCAUCAGCUGCAAAGCUUGAUGAACAUCCUCCAGUACCUGGUGAGGUUACCAGAGGAAAAAGAAGAGAACACCCUCAAGACAGGCUCCGUUAAGACUGAAGUCGAAGAAGACACGCUACAGGUCUUCAGUGUGGACACUCACACGAGCAAGCAGCUGCGGCAUUUUAAGUUUUUGUCGGUGUCUUUCAUGGCCCAGCUCCUAGCUUCCAAAAAUUUCCUUAAGAAGGUGGUCGAAAGUGGGGGCCCGCAGAUCUUCAAAGGCCUUGAGCAGAGGUUGCUAGAAACGGUGCUCAGCUACAUCAACACCGUAGCGCAGUCCGUGGAAAAGAACGCCGACAAACUCACCGCCAAGUUCUGGCGCGCGCUCCUUAGCAAAGCGUACGACAUGCUGGAUAAGGUCAAUGCCCUGCUCCCCACAGAGACCUUCAUCGCUGUGCUCAAGGGGCUGCUGGGCAAUCCGCUGCCCUCCGUUCGUCGGAAGGCGCUGGAUCUUCUGAAUAACAAGCUGCAGCACAACGCGUCCUGGCCGGGGAGGACGGUCCACCGCUUCCUCAAGCUCCUUCCAGUCCUUCUGGCCAUCGUGCAGCACAAGAGGAGGGAGGCGGGGGAAGAGCAGGCGAUCAACCGGCAGACGGCGCUCUACACCCUCAAGCUGCUCUGCAAGAACUUCGGGGCCGAGCACCCGGAGCCCUUCGAGCCGGUGCUGCGCGCCGCGGUGGCGCUCGUCGCUCCGGAGCGGGACGAGGACCGGAACGUGCUGGGGAGCGCCCUGCUGUGCGUGGCCGAGCUCACGGCCACCCUGGACGCGCUGGCCAUCCCGCAGCUUCCCAGCCUCAUGCCGUCGCUGCUGGCGGCCGUGAAGAGCACGGGCGGGCCCGGGCACAGCGAGGUGUGCCUGCUGAGCGCGCUGGCCGCGCUGCACAGGGUGGUGGAGACGCUGCCGCACUUCAUCAGCCCCUACCUGGAAGAGCUGCUGCGCCAGGUGAUUCGCCUGGAGACGGUCACGCGAGAGAUGGGCUCCGCCUCCCAGGCCAGCGUCCGGCUCGCGGCCCUGAAGACGACGCUGGCCACCAGGCUGGCGCCCCGCGUCCUCCUGCCGGCCAUGAGCAGGACGCACAAGGACAUGCGGCGGGCCUGGCAGAAGCACCUGGGCCCGUUCAUGAGCGUCCUGCAGGAGCACAUCGGGGUGCUCAAGAAGGAGGAGCUCCUGUCGCACCAGCCUCAGCUCACCGCCUUCUUCCUGGAGGCCCUGGACUUCCGGGCGCAGCACGCCGAGAGCGACCUGGAGGAGGUCGGGGAGGCGGAGGGCCACAUCAUCGCCUGCCUCGUGGCCAUGGUGGUGAAGCUGUCGGAGGCCACCUUCAGACCCCUCUUCUUCAAGCUGUUCGACUGGGCCAAAUCCGAGGACGCCCCGAGGGACCGGCUGCUGACGUUCUUCAACGUGGCCGACCGCAUCGCCGACAGACUGAAAGGCCUGUUCACGCUGUUUGCGGGGCACCUGGUGAAGCCCUUCGCAGACACCUUGAACCAGGUGAACAUCUCCAAAACAGACGAAGCGUUCUUCGACUCGGAGCGCGACCCUGAGAAGUGCUGCGAGCUGCUGCGGGCCGUGCUGAGCUGCCUGCACCGGAUCUUCCUGCACGACACCCAGCGCUUCCUGAGCGCGGAGCGCGCCCAGGCGCUCAUGCGGCCGCUCGUCGACCAGCUGGAGAACAGGCUUGGCGGGGAGGAGCGCUUCCAGCAGCGGGUCACGGAGCACCUCAUCCCCUGCAUCGCCCAGUUCUCCGUGGCCAUGGCGGACGACUCCCUGUGGAAGCCCCUGAACUACCAGAUCCUGCUCAAGACGCGAGACUCCUCGCCCAAGGUGAGGUUUGCCGCCUUGCUUGCUGUGGUGGCGCUGGCUGAGAAGCUCAAGGAGAAUUACAUCGUGCUGCUGCCCGAGUCCAUUCCCUUCCUAGCGGAAUUGAUGGAAGAUGAGUGUGAAGAAGUGGAACGCCAGUGCCAGAAGACCGUCCAGCAGCUGGAGGCCACGCUGGGGGAGCCGCUGCAGAGCUACUUCUGAGCCCGGCGCUCGCCCGCCAGCCGGUCCCGGGGUGGCGGCCCCGGGGGUGAUGCGGGUUGCUUUCGGCACUCACCGCACAUCCCUUGUAACUUCCCUCUGGAGCGCUGCCUUUGUACAGUUGGUCACGAGUCAUU